AUGGAUGUUACUUCUCCAGAUAUCGAAACCUCGAUCAGCUCGCCGCCGGAGUCUUUCUCCGAUGACUACACGGUUGAUGACCCGUUGAUGGCCACUUUCCCGCUGCUCCAGGAGCAACUCCUACAAGUCAAAGGCCCAUAUGGUCACCAUCCGCUACAGGCCGUCUGGUCCUGCAGUGAGAUCGGGGCUUUCGCGCCGGCCCGUAAAAUCCUUCCACUCGACUCUCAACUUGAAGAGAAUGAGCCGUGCAGCAUCCUGAGUGUGACCCGGGGUCGUGAUAUGGGAACAGCCAUCAACAGCCGCUCGGACAACCCAACGGCGACUCCGUUUCAAUCGGUCGCCUAUCCGGUGAUCCGGAUGACUGCGUCUGUGAAGAAGAAAGCGAUGACGAUGAUGGCCGAGUACACGGCCCUGGGCCACCAUCUGAAGAAGGCGACGCCGCUGAAGGCUUCAUGGGCCCUGCCGAACGAGACCCCGGUGAUGUCGGUCAUGUUCCUCUUCGGCCAAUGCUAUCGUGAGAAUGGCGAGCCGGUGGCAAAGGUUCGCGUCCCAUCGGUCGUCUUCGAUCUGCAGAAGGGAAACGUCACCAAUCAGAAUGAUGUCCUCAAGAACAAGUGCAAUCCGUUGAAAGCCGUUCUGGACUACGAGCACAAGUACACCUCCAGCGGCUAUUCCACGUCUCCAUCGGUGAAUACGGCGCUUCGCUGUGUGCAUGAAGUCGAAGAGCGGGUAGAAGCUGGGCGCAAACUUGCUCCGAGCGACGUGGCGGACAUGUUUCGCGAAUUCUAUGGAGAAUCCGAGGGUUCAGAUGUGUCGCUUUUGGAAGAGCCGCACCAUUACCACUAUGCCACCCACCGUACCCCCGUCGAUUCUAUGGAGACCAAGUCCACUGAUGUCCCGAUCCAUCGCCUUCAUGACUUCAAGAAGGCCGGACAGAACAUUGCAGCCGGAGGAGAUCGCCCCGAGACGCCACAUCUUCUUCACCAUGCUCAUCACUACCACAAUUACGGCCAUCACAAUCAUCACAUGCACCCCCACGGAACGCCCUCCCCUUCUAACUCUUCCUACACCCCGGCUACACCGAUCGCCAACCAUCUGACCGGCCCGGCAAUCCAAUGGGACCUCGAAGAGGUGCUGACCGAUUUCCCAAAACAACUCAAAGAUUCGGCCAACAAUCAAUUCGCCACGGUCCAGCGGCCUUUGCCGCUCCUUGAUGGUCUGUCUAUUGGAAAUGGUCCCCUGCUCUCAACGAAGAUCGCCACCACGAGCCACGACCUCACCAUCGAGUCCGGCUCCUUGGAUGAUUCUGUGUUCUACCGCCCGGCCCACGACGUGGAGAAGCAGCUCGACGGGCGGGAGAGCGAUCCCGAUCUUUCCGGCUCCCCUACGUCGGUUCCGUUGUCGAUCGGAGGCUCUCAGAUUGCUGUUUCAUCGGAAUCGCUUGUAUUUGAGGAUGACGGGAUGCCGGCAAUCGUGGAGAGCUCGUUGCGCUCAAUGGCCCUGAUUCCCAUCCGCUCAUCGUGCGGCGAAGCCAGCGCCGACCAUCUCGGUUUGUCGCCGUUGAUGGGCGAGCAGCAGGAGGAGCUGACGCGUACCGCCAACCCGGUCGAAGUCGACUUCAUGGCCCGGCCGGAGAGGCUGUCGUCCGACACUGGCUUCUGCAGCCCCUACAACAGCCAGCCCAGUAUCACCAGCACUUUCUUCAACUCCAACGCGUGCAGUUCGUGGAACUCGAAGGUGUCGACGGGCUUUGCCGGCAUCCGUCCGGCCGUUACGACCAGUGUGGACAGUGUGGAAGCUCGUUCUCUGACGCGCACCUCGGAAAGUGACACGUUCCAGACGAUCACCCUGGAUGAACACACCCACAGCAUGCACAUCAUGUCUUCCAGGAGUGAUCCGGUGGUCUAUACCCUUGCUGAUUUGGACGUCGUCGACCGGAAGCAACACAUUGACAAGAAAUCUCGCUCAUGGCUGGCCACCGGACUGUUUGGCUGCCUCCUCUUCCGCUUCAUUCCGAUGUGGAUCAAACACCUGGCCUGCACCCGCCGUCGCCCCCGUGGCAUCAGCGCCUCGACCUCCCGCGCGGAUACGGCCGGCUCGGCACGCCCGGACUCGAGCGGUGAAUCGAUG